UGAAACAUUUGAUGAUGACCAUGACUACGAUGGCUGACGGUCUGGAAGCCCAGGACUCGUCCAAGUCUGCUUUCAUGGAGUUUGGUCAGCAGUCCCACUCACAGCAGAGCUCCCCGUCCAUGGCAGCCAGCCACUACCCGCUUCACUGCCUGCACUCUGGGUCUCAUUCUCACCACCAGCACGAUAGCUCCCCGUAUUCUGGUACGAAUUCUUACAACAGAUCGCUACCUUACCCCUACGUGAGUCAUUCCCACCACAGCCCCUACCUGCCGUCUUACCACAACAACAGUACUGCCAGCCAGACACGGUUAGACGACACAGAACAGCAGAAAACGACAGUGAUUGAAAAUGGAGAAAUUCGUUUUAACGGAAAGGGAAAGAAGAUCCGAAAGCCGAGAACGAUUUAUUCGAGUCUUCAGCUUCAGGCUUUAAAUCAUCGCUUUCAACAAACCCAGUACCUGGCCUUGCCUGAAAGAGCGGAGCUAGCAGCUUCUCUUGGACUGACCCAGACACAGGUGAAGAUAUGGUUCCAAAAUAAACGAUCAAAAUUUAAGAAGUUGCUGAAACAGGGUAUUAAUCCACAUGACAGCGACCCUUUGCCAGGAUCAAUUGCCCUUUCACCCAGGUCACCUACCAUCCCGCCUAUCUGGGACGUUUCUGCUACCACUAAAGGAGUCAACAUGCCCCCUAACAGCUACAUGCCCGGCUAUUCUCACUGGUACUCUUCGCAACACCAAGAUACAAUGCAGAGACAAAUGAUGUGAUGUCUUUUGGAUUAGUAACUAUAAAACGCGUUUGAUUUCGGACAAUAACCCUUUCAUAUAGGAGAAAUUAAAUGUACAAUACUUGGUUAAAAUGAUAUAAGACCCAUAAACCAAAACAUCUGAAGUACAUUAAUUUCUGACAUCUUUAACAUAAGCAAGUCACAUUGUGCCGCAACCUAUACAUUUGAACGGGUUAGGUGGAGCACCUGUACGGUAUUUCAAUGGCAACUCCACAUCUUCUGUUUGAGACCAUAGUAAAUCCAAAUGGAUCCCCAUUUGAGAAAUGGGACUUCUUGUUUAUCAGUGUGAACUUAACCCCAAGUUUUCUCUGAAUGCCAAAUAGACUAACAGACUUUGCUACAAUUGUAUGUCUGAAUGACAAGAACAAUUAAAAGAAGAUUGAGCCUGUCACGUGAAGACACGAUAAUAAAGAUCCUGAAAAUCAGCAGGAACAUAAACUUGAAAGUGUAUUCUUCGGAGAUGAGCAUGGAUGGAUUAGGUAUACAACACGGAAGCAUUUUACAAACAAUUUGUAUGUAUAUAUUGUUGAAUUUUAGUUGUACAUAAUUUUUAUGUUUUAUGUCAUCUUUCAUAUAUGGAGUAA